AGAGAAAGCGAAGCCGUGUGGCUGUAGGAAACAGUGUUAGCCGUGCUAGCGCUGUUAGCCUGAUUAGCUUAGUUAGCAUGGCGGCGCAGAGGGAGUCCCAGCACGGAGCGUCGGGAAUUAACGUCCUGUUCGGAGUGUUACACAUCUUGUUGAGGUUUUUACAGCGUGGAGAUGCUCAGCUAACAGCAUUGAGUCACAUGUCCAGCGUUGUGGAAGUCUGGCAAGCCGAAGAUGCAGAUUUACUACUACCAUCACAGGCAGCGGAAGAGCGGAGUCCCGAGAAUCUCCCUCAGGAGGACAGUUCCUCGUUUUAUGUGCGGGACACCGGGAGACCUGUCCGCUUCCAACCGUCCACGCUGGACUUUGGCUCUCAGCCUAUAGGUGUCCCGCGAGCUGAGACCAUCUAUAUUCAUAACCCAAGUGCGGAGCUGCCGGUGACGCUGCAAUCCGUCUUCACGUCCAGCUCACACUUUCAUAUGCCUGCCUUCCACAGACGGGUGAUCCCACCCAGAGGGAAGACAUCUUUUAAACUCAUUUUCCUCCCAAGAGAGGAGGGCAAUAUAGAAAAUUCGUUAUUUAUUAACACAUCAACCCACGGGGUGAUAACGUACCAGGUUUUUGGUGUUGGUGUGAACGCUGGCUCGGUAAAGGAAGUGCCGAGGAAAGACAGCAUUCUCAUAUUUCCACAUAUACAAAGCAUUAAACUUACACAAACUCAGGAAAAUGCUUUAAAUAUUACCAUCCUGGGGCUGCUGUUGGACUGCAGCCUCCCCAAAGCACUCUAUGCUCACACACAGGGCUCGUGUUUCGGAGCAGAGGAUGAAGGACGUCUCUCUCUCCAGAUCAGUCUGUCUGAGAGAGGUGAGAGGCCGGCACACCUGGACAAGCUGAAGCCCUACGUCCUGGAGAACAUCAUGGUGCUGCUCGUCCUGCCUCCGCCGGGGGGCGCCGCCGCAUAUCCAAAAAUAGGUGUGUACAUGCUGAACUCAGGGGUCAAACAGCUCUUUGUCAAGGAAAUCCAGAUCUUGUCAAGGACGGACAUCUCUGUAGAGAUCAGCCACACGCCACUGAAGGCUUCCGCCAGUAACCUCACUCAGGUGGCCACGCUGUCCUGCAGACGAUCUUUAUCGUCUCUUAGUAAAAAAUGUACCAGUCAGAUCGGCUUGCAGACGUUGGGCAACAUGAGCGUGAACAUGUUUCCCUGGUUACAGCACACACUCCGUGAUUCUGCUGGCUGGUUUCAGUUCGUCCAGAAGCAGAAGAGUGCAGAUCAGGUGGAGUUGUGGCUCACCAACCCGCUCCACCUGAGCUUCACCAUCACCAACGUCUCCCUGAGCCAGCCGUCGCCGCGGCUCUUUAAGGUAGUAAACGUCAGCCGGUCAGUGGGCGUGGCCCCUGGCUGCUGGAGGCUGCUGACGCUCCACUUCCUCAACAAGACGUUGCCGGUCAACGUGGUUGCCGUGGUAACGAUCAGCACCAGCCUGGGCUUUUCGCUGGAGCUGCUUGUGCAUGCGUCGUCCACGGGGUCAAAGAGGGGGGAGGUGGUGUUUGAGGGCGGUGGCGAGUGUGAGCAGCUCUGUCCUCUCCGCCUCUCCAGAACCGGGCGUUUUGAGUGGCAGCAGUCUCUCCUCCCAGAAUCCUUUUCUUCAUUGUGGAAGACGGACAACAGUUUGGCGACGGCACUCUGCAGCCGGUGGCACCGUGGAAAAGAGCUGUCCUGCAGAUGGCCGAGGCUUCCCACAGAACAUGAUACAGCUCUAGAUUUUGGAGCAACACCAGUCAACGAAAGCAAGAUUAAAAACUUCACCCUGAAAAACCCGACCGGUUCUCCGGUUGCCGUGGAGAUCAGAACCCUGUCUUCGUAUCCUGCUCCCCUGGAAGCGUUGGACCUGAUCACCAAGUGGUUUAACAUCAGUCCCCUCUCAGUAAACAUCACUACAGCCGAGUUUUCUCUCCUCCCCUUAGAUCAGAAGUCUCGGGAGGGUCAGCGAAGCAGCAGCGUGCAGAGGAUGGUGCUGCAGCCGUGGGAGACGAGGAGCGUCUCCGUGGCGUACACGCCAUCUGAACACAAACCGGUCACCUCCAUUUUUCUCAUCAGGAAUAACUUGACGGUCUUCGACCUGGUCUUGGUGAAAGGAUUUGGAGCGAAGGAGCUCCUGCGUGUAGGCGGGAAGCUACCCGGCCCUGGGGCGUCGCUGCGCUUUAAUGUUCCUCAGUCCACCUUGAUGGAGUGCAGAGACGGUUUGCGCAAUCACCUCAGCAAGCCUCUGUUCGCCAUCCAGAAGAGUUUUAAGGUGGAGAAUGCGGGCGAGCUUCCUCUCACCGUCAUGUCCAUGAAUAUCAACGGAUAUAAAUGCCAGGGCUUCGGCUUCGAGGUGCUACAGUGCCGGUCCUUCCGCGUCGACUACAACUCGUCCUCCGAGAUCACCAUCGCAUUCACUCCAGACUUCACGUCAUCGUGGGUGAUCAGAGAUCUGACCUUAAUAACCGAGCGCGGCUCUUCCUUCCCCUUCACCCUGAACGUCACCCUGCCGCACCACAUGCUGCCCCUGUGCGCUCAGGUCGUCCCCGGGCCCAGCUGGGAGGAGUCCUUCUGGGUCGUCACACUCAUCUUUACCUGCUUCUCGUUGGCCGGAGUGUGUCUCAUGGCCUUCCACCAGGCUCAGUACAUCCUGAGGGAGUUUACCACUCCAACUCCACGCAGCAACCAUAACUCGAACCCUCGCGAUAACAGCAGCCAGAACACUCCCAACAACACCAGCAGUAAAGGCAAAGGCAGCUGCAAAAGUUACUCCGACACAAGCCACACUUCUGAUAAAGGCAAAGGGCGGGGCUCCACAGCCUUAGCCAAUGGCACGCCACGUUCCCAACCCUCCACGAGGAAGAGCUCCGGAGCUUCCUCCCAACCUCAGAAGAAGCAAACCCGAGUUUCAUUCCUUUACAGAUACAAAAGCAGCUCGACAUCUAACGCUAACACCCCUACUGCUAAUUCGAACCCCCCGAUGGAUGAAGAGAGAGAAGAUCAGACGUUCGACCCAGACCCAGACGUCUGCAAUAACAACAACAAUAACGACGACGCUUUAAUCGAGUCGGCGCUCCACGUGGAACAGAAGGAACACGUCAGGGAGGAAAAAACGCUGCCAGGAGAUAUGUUUCCCAUGGAAACGCUUCCUGGAUUUCCAGAAAGCAUCACAGCCGUUCACGUGCCUCAGGCUGAUGUGAUUGGACAGGUGGAAAGCAGGUGCAGUCGGGGGAGGGAGGAGGACAAAAGGGAAAAUGUGGACACUGAGCCGAGAGCGAGCGAGUGCUCUCAUAGGAAGAGAGUGGAGAAGGACUGUGAGCUUGCGGUGUCCAGUUCCAGCACCAAAACGAAGAAGAACUCAGGGAGGAACCGCAGGAAGCAUGUCGAAACCGUCCCAGGACUUCCUGAGCUUGGUGCUAUGACGAUGACGGGGAUCGAGAGAGAGCCCGAGUAUAGAGAACCUCGAAACGUAGCUAGAAACCGCAACCACUCAUCCAGCAUGAAGCUGGAGAUCCCCAAAGCAGCAGCAGCGGCGGAGAGCCCUCUCAAACCAAACGGUGUGUGUUUGGCCAGACCUAGACGGAAAGCCCCGGAGCGCCGGCUACAGUGGGAAUCGGGCUCGGAUUCGGGCAGCUCAUCAGGCAGCGUCAGGGCCAGCAGGGGAUCAUGGGGCAGCUGGAGCAGUGUGGAGGGAGAGAAAGACCUGAGCAGGACGCGAGAGAGAGAGCCAGUGCCAUACAACAUGUACACAUCUGAGCGUGAUUGUUACCCCUCAGUGAACUGCAACUAUAAAACUCAAAGCAUGAACAAUCUGUAUGAGAGUCAUGAAACUCCUGCUCUUUCCCCCAGUUUCGCCGACAUAGCAGCAGGUGUGGACAGAAGUGCAGACUCGGGUGGUGUGUACAUGCCAGAGGAGACCUGGUCUGCUCCUUCUGUUCCUCUCACCAAUGGUUUCAGGUACAACAUGCCAGAACCACGUGGCACCUACAACCAAAACUCCAACUCCAACCCUUUUAACGGAAGGUUUCUGUGGAAUACCGCAGCCAGUCAGUGCAAUCCAUAUUCCUACUGCCCCCCAAAUAACUACAUGCGACCAGGAAAGGGACAUUACCAGAACAGCUUCCCUUGCCGUGAACCUCAAACACAAGCCAGCUGGAGUGAGGAAACACCACACGAGGUCACUUCCUCUUGGGACAUGACCAGCUGUGUGGGCAGCAAGCCGUAUUUCUCAGGCACCCGGAGCCUGUCUCCGAUCUCCUCCAGUCUGUUCGGCUCCAUCUGGACGCCUCAGAGCGAGCCGUGCCAGAGCCAGGUCCACUUCCACCCUGAGCGCUCGGUACCUGUCUCUCCAGUGUCUCCCUUCACUCCGGAGCCACUCCCCAAUAAGCACUUCUCCAGCUUCAACCCGUUCGGCCCCCACAUGAACCUGGACAUCUGGAACAACUCGGCCUCGAACCGCAGCUCCAACUCUCAACUCUCCAACGACUCGGGCUACUGCGCAGACGCGUAACCGCGCCAUCCUGGAGCACCGCCCACCGAAUAAGUAAAAGAAAAAACGACGACGAAUCCAAACAUAAGAAUGUGGUUUUAUUGAUGACAGAGGAAAAAAUGUGAACUUUCUUUUGUUUUCCGUUCCAUUUUUUUCCUCGACAGGGUUUUGUUUGUGCAAAAUUUAAGCUUUUUGUUGUAUAUUUUUCUAGAUGUUUUGCAAACUUGGCCAUGAAAAAAUAAAAAAAAAAUGUUUUGUACUAGG